UGAAAAUUCGUGAUAAAAAACUGCAGAGUCGAUCGAGUAAAAAUUAUAUUCGCCAGCACGGCCGCCAGCACCAAAAAGCGCCGCCACGUUGAAAGUUCUCGUCGCAAUUUCCAAUCUCCAUGAAAUCUCACAUUUCGUGCUGGCAAUGUUAUUAUUCUCUUCUCAGUGCUACUCACUGUGCGAGUGCGAGGACAAAGUUGUGGCGAAAGAAAUGAACAAAGUGUUGUAGGGAAAGAGUAAAAAAAAACGGAGUGCAAAAGAGAAGCGUUCGAAAGUCUCUUUGAAGGAUAAAAACUGUUUUGUUUCUCGAGUGUCCUUGAAUCGAAGCAUGAAACAAUCUUUGAAUUUUUUCCACCACCUUGUAUCUUUGGACCUCUCAUGAAUCCAUUUUAUUCGCCUGUUCUUCCAAAAACGAUAACGUACGAAAUAUCAAUUCCUCUAUAAACUUGUAUCAUCAAACACUCGUACAUUGAUUAAAUAUUCUCGAUGAGAGGUUAUGUUUUCCAUUUUUUCGAGUCCAGUCAAUUUUCACCAGGAACCCGAUGAAAUUUCUAAUAUGGAGAAGAAAUACAGCAGACGAAAGAUAUUAGGGUGAAAAACAAGGGCCAAAACGGAUGGAUGCUCUAUCUUCGAGCAGUCAGGUUAUGGAUGAAAACAUUAUCGGGGUGGAGCUUAAGGAAGGAACGGAUGAGAGAUUCGGUCAGACCUAUAUCGAGGAUAUCUGUCCUGGAACUUUCGGCAAGGUUUUCCUACCAAUCGACAGCCAUGAAGUUGAUUUCCCGGAUGAAAUGGUCAAACUGGAGCUAGAGAGCCAAUCGGGAGAACAUCAUAUCUGGGCAGCUCAGUUGGCAACGACGACUCUGUGCGAACAGGACGACUGUGGUAUUCAUAGAAAUUCAGACGAGAACGCAGACGAGUCGGAAGACAAAUCCAUUGAACUCGAAGACACUGAGAAAGAAGACGAGGACCAAAAUACCAGAGAAGAGGAACUCGAGGAAGUGACUAAUCGUCGAGGUGAACUAGAAAUCAAUAAACCAAACGACGAGCCUUGCGUCAACUCCAAAUUCUACAAGAUUCAAUGUACUGUUUGUAAAAAGUGGUUUUUGAAUAACGAUUCGAUGAUUACACAUUUGCGAAGCCACUGCGGUGAGGGGAAUUUCCAAAACGGUGGUGAACAAUGCCAAGUUUGCGAGCAAAACUUUAGCGACGGUACGAGUUUGCACGCUCACAUGUUAACUCACGUAGGCAUGAAUCCGGUCGAAUGUAACGUUUGUCAGAAGAGAUUUGCAUACAAGUGGUGUCUGAGGAAUCACGUGCAAAGCCACGUCGUAACAAAAUCUUUUGAAAAUUUUUCUCCGACCGGAAGUAAUCUUGUGCUCGUUAAUACCGAACCGACAGGUCUCGGUUUACCAAUUUCCGGGGCUAGUUAUACUUUUGAAAGCGUUACCAAUCAUAGAAAACUCUUCGAGGAACGCACAAGCUCCGAGGAGGAGAGGCGCAAAGAGUCCAAGUCGGAGAGCGAAACUUCGAAAAACGGGCUUCGUUGCGACGUGUGCAAAUUGCGUUUCAAAGACAGAGAAAGCUUUAACCGACACUCUCUGUCGCACAUGGGCGAAGAAACAACCUACAAGUACGAUAUUUUCAGUGGGACUCUUCGAGAAAGCCCGAAGCCGGAAAUCGCCGAUCCGCGGACAGCUCAUACGAGCUCGAUCACUAAACAAUUCAAGUGUACACUUUGCGAAAGAUCAUUCGGACAACGUACAGCUCUCAACAAUCACAUGCUUGCUCACAGCGGUGAAAAACCACACGCGUGCAAUAUUUGCGAGAAAACGUACAAGCGAAAGUCCGAAUUGAUAAGACACACGAUGGUACACACGGGCGAACGUCCCUACGAGUGUAAAGAGUGCCUCAUGACAUUUCGAGAAAAAGCUAAAUUGAAUUCCCACAUGCUCGUACACACCGGCGAAAAGCCUCACGAGUGUUACAUUUGUCACAAAGCUUGCGCUCGAAAAUCCGACCUCAAUAGCCACAUGCUUUCUCACACCGGUGGACAAUACGACUGUAAAGUUUGCGACAAAAUAUUCACUCGUAAAUCCGAUCUCAACAGACACACUCUCAUCCACACCGGGGAAAAACCCUUCGCUUGCGAACACUGCGACAUGGCAUUUCGCGAGAGAACUCGCUUGAAUUCCCACAUGCUCGUUCACACCGGUGACAAAAGACACGCGUGUCACAUAUGCGGUAAAAACUUCAGGGAAAAAUCCUCCCUGAAAAAACACAUGCUCGCUCACACCGGUGAUCGACCAUACGAAUGCUUCAUCUGUAAAAAAACAUUCACUCUAAAAACCACUCUCAACAGCCACGUUCUCAUUCACUCCGGCGAACGACCCUACGAAUGCGACAAUUGUCCAAAAUCUUUUCGCGAAAAAUCUUCUCUCAGAAAACACUCAGUUUUUCAUAAUAACGAACGCGAUCACGAGGCCAAUGUUUGCUUCAAAAAAUUCGCUCACAAAACUGACCUCAACUCGCAUGCGGCCAUCGACCAUCCAACAUCUUAAACUACAUUUUCCCCACAUUUAUUUAAUGCUCCUAUACACUUGUUUCCAUAUGGAAAUUCCAAAACACUUUAAUUCUGCUAUUAACUUCAUUUCGCUCUAAACCAAUUAUUGAACAAUUUUUUUAUUCAUUAACUAUAUACUUUUCGGAUCUCAUUAUUGCCAUUGAAUUUUUCAAAACCAUCAAACACUCUUGAAUUCUUUGACAUUCUCAUGACAUCGCUAUUUCAAAUAACAAAAAUAUAACCGUAAACGAAACGGAAAUUUUUUCCGUUACGAUGUUAAAUCAUUAAAAGCUUUUGUAUCACAUCGUUACGGAAUUAGCGCAAUUUUGAGAUAAUUACAGUUGGAAUAUGUGUGAGAGUACAAGGAGGGAGAAAUAAUUAAACGAUAUUUAAGAAUUAUUGUUUUGCGACUGAGCAAUGUAAAUAAUCAGACAAAAUAUGCAUAUAGUAUAAAUAAUGAAUAAUAUACUAAAAUAAUAAUACUGUUAAAUGAUACGCGAAGAGGAUUAAAAGAUUAUUCCGUGAAUCGCA